CAUGGGUUCCCCCGGUCCCGGGGGAGCGGUGGGGGCGGGGCGGUUCGGAUGCCUGGGUCUUCCCGGUGCCGUCAGCGGAUCGGACUCCGUCGGCCCCGGGGGGGGGGGGGGCGGUGCGUGGGGGACGGACACACGCACUGUUCGUCACGGGUGGGGAAUGCGCCCCCUCCGCCCCGGGGGGACACUGGCGCCCGGCCCCGCCUGCAGCUCGGGGCUGGGAGGGGGGUCGCAAUCCCGCGGCCUCGGGACGGGGCGAUGCGGGGGACCCGCGCCCGGGAGCGCUCCCCCCACCCCCCCCGCCCCGGGCUGGAGCUGCCGUUUCCAUUUAUAGCAGCUGUUGCGGCUCUGACGUCACCGUGCCCCAUGUGACGUCAUCGCGAGCCCCAGGCUCUGACAUCACCCUGCUGUGACCAAGGCCUCCGCUGUCCCUGGCUCUGACAUCAUCGGGUAUCCCUGGCUCUGACAUCACCGUGGAACCCCGGCUCUACACUCAUCCGUGGGGCCCGUUCUGACUUCACGGGGAACCCCUUGGAGCCCCGCCCGCCCCGCGCCGCCAAUCACCGCCCGGGCCCCGCCUCCGUGCGCGCGGGGAUUGGCUGCCUCAGACCACGCCCCGUAACCCGGAAGCUGUUCCCGGCGGGGUCGUCGGGACAUGGCGGCGCCCAGCGCCGCGAUCCCGUGGGGAGACCUCGCUGCCCGGCCGUGACCUCUGACCCCCGGGGGGACCCCGCUGCCCGGCCGUGACCCCUGACCCGCCAUGAGGCUGCGCUGGGCCCGCGCGCUGCCGCGGGGGCUCUGGGGGGGCUGGGGAGCCCCGCAGGUGCGGGGGGGCCGGGACAGCGCGAGAGGACACGGCGAGGUCGGCCGGAGCCUGUGGCAGCGCAGCAGCCGCCGGGCCGGGGACGCUUGGGGGGACCCUUCGAGGGACACCUCGGGGGACACCUCAGGGGACACUUCAGGGGACGCCUCGGGGGAUACUUCGGGGGAUGCCUGGAGGGACACUUCGGGGGACACAUCAGGGUCCCUGUCGCGGCCCACCACCCCCCGCGGGGCACAGGGCCGGGGCCCCGCAGCCUUCGCGGCCGCGCUGUCAGCGCUGGAGCGGGCACCGGGGCGGCGCGUGGGGCGGCUGGAGCUGGUGGAAGCGGCGCUGGCGGCGAUGCCGGCGCUGGGGGUGGCGGGGCAGCGGGAGGCCUACCACCGCCUGCUGCGCCUGCUGCCGCAGGGGCCCUGGGUGCCCCGCGGGCCCAUCCAGCGCCUGCUCGCACCCUUCCCCCGGCAGCAGGAGUGUGGCCUCCAGAUCCUGGAACAGAUGGAGCGAUACGGCGUGGUGCCGGACGCGGAGACGCGGUUUCUGCUCCUGUCGAUCUUCGGGCCCCGCAGCCGCCCCGUGCGCAAGUGCCAGCGACAGUUGUACUGGCUGCCACGGCUGCGCCAUGUGAACCCCUACCCCCUGCCCCCCUGCCUGCCCCCCCCCGGCCUGGCUGCUGCCCACCUGGGACUGCGCCGUAUCGCCAAUGACCCCGAUGCUCGUCUCACUGUCUACCAGCGGCCAGUGCCGGAUGAAGGGGACGACGAGGGCUCUGUCCAGCCCUACAUCAUCGGUGCCCAGAGCCCGGACCAACAGGCGCUGCUGGCCCGGCACGGCCCAGAACGGCCCGUCUUUGUGGAGGGGCCGUUCCCCCUCUGGCUGCGCAGCACCCACCUGUGCUACUACGUGCUGCGGGGGGACCCCCUGCCCCCCCACCUGCGGGAGGACGCCCCAGACCCUGAGCGCAGCCUGUACUACCCCCUGUACCUCGACCUGGACCUGGAGCGCGGCCCCUGGGACGACGAUGAAUUCGAUGUGGACGAGGUGGAGGAGGGCCCCGUCUUCGCGCUGUGCAUGGCAGGAGCGGGCGACCGGCACACGCUGGGCAAGUGGAUCGCAGGGCUGCAGGAGGCGAACCCCGUCCUGGGCCGUACCCCCGUUGUCUUCCGCCUGGGGGAUGGGGACCCUGGGGCUCCCCCUGUGCCCCACCUGGAGGGGGUGCCUUCCUCUCCUGCGGUGCUGGAGCCCCCUGACCCGCCACAGGGACGUGAGCACGGGCGCAGCAGCGGGAGCAGCGGUGGAAAAUAAUAAAGGAAAUGGCGCUGACAGCAA